AUGAGGACUUUGAGGAGAUUCAAUGUCUAGACCAUGUCACAUAUGGAACAGUCAUGAAAUGUAAAUAUAAGAUUGAUCGUAUAGAAUAUGCGGUAAAGAGAAUCAAAGUUAGUUACCACGACAGAGAACUAAUAUUAAGAGAAGCAUCUACUCAUGCUAGGAUGCAUCACAAAAAUAUUGUGCGCUACCAUCAGGCCUGGACAGAGAAUUUGCAGCCAAAGAGUAAUCAUGAUGACAUGCGUGGCUCAAGCUCUGCUGGUGAAGAUACUGCCGCGCUGUUUAUUCAGAUGGAAUGCUGCCCGAUAUACUUUGCUGCAUAUGCUAGCUAUCCCGAUGUUCAUGAUUGCGUAGGCCAGACCGGUGGAUUUGUGGAUUCAAGAGAGCAACGACAGGCUCUUCUGCAUUAUUAUUUUGUUUGCAACACCACGACCAGACAAUGCGUUGCAAUUCCUAAUCCCCGUCCACGAACUGCUCCAUUCGCCGCUGCAAUUGCCUAUGAUCCUGCCAAAUCUCCUCACUACAAAGUUGUUCGCUUUAUUUAUUUUGAGAAAAAACUUCUUGCCCGGCGUUCUAUUUAUUUGGAUGGAAUGAUUUACAAGCUAUCCUUUGUCGUCAACUACCUCAUCAGGUUUGACUUGAAUGCGCCGAGCGAUGUGGCAAUUGAACUCCCGCACAAGAAUGCCGCUGCCUGCCAUGGAUUCAUUGGGAUGUCUAGAGGAAGCUUGUAUUAUUCAAAUCAUGACGAGUCUGGAUUGAUGAUCUCCAUUUGGCUUUUGGAAGACCGUUGCAAACGUGAUCCUUUUUGGAAACUCACACAUCGCAUCUCAAUGGACUCCUUGACGUCCAAAUAUCCUGACGUGCGUAAUUCAGGCUUUCAUUUUCGUACAUAUGCUAUUCAUCCAGCUUCUGAUAUUAUUUUUCCUGGAAACCCUAGCAUGGUCUUAAGUUACGAUCUUAUCCAACAAAUUCGAAGAGGUUUUUACAUUGUCUAG